AUGAAAUUAUUAGUAGCAAAACGUCACAACGUUCGUACUUAACAAUACAAACAAGAAAUCGAAAAAUAAACCUGUCAACAAACAUACAAUAGACUGACUACUAGUGUAACCACUACUAAGAACUAGUCGGCUAUUGAUCACUUUAUUUACCGGCCAAACAACCCAAAAGCAUCUUCUUAACUGAUGUGACAAAUUUGAAAACAGUUUCGCAAUAAAUUCGUACAUAAAAACAACGAAUUUAAAAUUUAUUGAAAAAUAAACACAAAUUUUAUAUUUAAUAAAAAGUUACUUAUAAAUAAAAUUAGGAAAAAAAAGUCCGAAAUGAAAUUAUUUAUAAGUUUCGCAUUAAUUGUUGUGGCAUGUAUUACAACCCCUGUGUUGCCCCAACAACAACAAGCACAAUAUUGUGUUACACCCGAAAACUACUAUGGCUCUUGCGUUACUUUAAACUUUUGUCCACAAAUUGCCAAUAUUAUCCAGAACGAUAAUCAAACACAAGUCCAACAAUACGUUAUACUAACACAGAGAGCCUGCGGCACUAGAAGAGUAAAUGGUGACCCAGUGGUCUGUUGCACAAGACCCUACGAUGUACCGCAAACAACAAUACGUCCCCAAAGACAAACUACUUGUCGUGGUCCCGACCUCAAAAUGGGUAUCUGUAUGCCCAUUAGAGAUUGCAAACCUUUGGCAGAAGAAUUGCUAAUGAAAAAACAAGAUCGAACCUUUGCCAGAUUUUUACAAGUAUCAAAUUCCAUAUGUGGUGGUGAAGUUACUGCAGUUUGCUGUCCCAGCACCAACAGCCAACCACAAACUUCGACCAAAGCUCCCUUAAUAAAGAAUUCAAAUGAAAUUCCCCGUCGUUUGCCUACCGUUGAGGAGGGUUGUGGUUUUACCAAUGACACCGUUAGGAAAAAAGUGGUCGGUGAGGAGAGUAAGAAGGCUGCUUGGCCUUGGAUUGCUUUAAUCGGUUACGAUGAUGAACCAUCGGUCUCGCCGUUUAAGUGUGGUGGAACCUUGAUAACAGCUAGACAUGUGGUAACAGCAGCUCAUUGUUUGAGAAAAGAUUUAUCCUUUGUACGUUUGGGUGAACAUAAUUUAACCACCGAUACUGAGGCUCGUCAUGUGGAUAUACGUGUUGUUAGAAGUGAAAAACAUCCUGAUUAUACUCCCCGAAGUGGUCAUAGUGAUAUUGCUAUUUUAUAUUUAGAACGUAAUGUUGAGUUUUCGGUACUAAUUUCUCCCAUCUGCAUGCCCAUCACUCCUGAAUUAAGACAAAAUUCCUAUGUUCGCUAUACUCCCUUCGUCGUAGGCUGGGGUAAAACAAUGGAAGGUGGUACCUCUUCCAACGUCCUACAAGAACUACAAAUUACCAUUUAUGAAAAUCAAGUAUGUAGAGAUCGUUACAAACAACAAAAUCGUAUCUUCGCCGAAAAUAAAUAUGAUAAAGCUGUUUUAUGUGCGGGUUUAUUCUCCGGAAGAGAUGAUACCUGUCAGGGAGAUUCUGGUGGUCCUCUCAUGAUACCCGAGAGAUAUGGCCACAAUUAUCGUUUCUAUUUAAUUGGUGUUGUGUCCUAUGGUUUUGGUUGUGCCCGUCCCGAAAUACCUGGUGUCUAUUCGAGUACACAGUAUUUCAUUGAUUGGAUUAUACAAAAAGUAGCUGAUACACCUUAACUUAAUUAGUUUUUAGCCUUUUUAUUUCUUUUAAUAAUUUUAAAUUUUAAUUGUAGUCUAAGUAAUAGAGUGAACGAUUAUGUGC